GGCGUGAACCAAACUGACUUGCACAAAAAGCCAGAGACACACCUGAUAGUAAGCUGAAGCAUCAACCUCCUCCUGCAGAGCUUCUCCUCCUGCCUCCACACAUUUACUUUGAGUCCGUCAUGCUGAAGUCAGGAGCUCUGGUUCUCUUCCUGGCAGUCACCAGCAGCCAGUUUCACCUGUACCAGGGUGUGAUGGUUAUUGGUACAGGUGUGGUCGACCACAGCGCCUGUCCUGUCACGUACUUUGGAAUACAACACACUGAGUUGCAAAUGAUCUUUGAUUAUCCUGUUGUUAGGAUAUGCGGAGCACUGAUCCCAGAAUGCAUGUACCUGUACGACCCGCAGGCUGACCGAGCAACAGUGGAGGUUCAGCAAAAGACAACAGGUCCUGGAUCAGUGAUCCAUCAAACGCUCAAAAACUUCCAUUCCACCUCACACUGUAUUCUUAAGUUUGAGCUGAAAGAUGCCACGUCCAGGACUCAUCUGACUUACAUUAUCUACAACUUUGGAAAACAAACAGCUCUGCAGUUCAUUCCAACCAGCCUCUUCACUGAGACGAUGCUUAACAUUCAUGUUGUGGUGCCCAACAAUGCGGUGAUAACAGGAUCCUACAGAUUAGCUGACUGGAAAAACGGUGUAAUCCUGGAUGGCAGCGGCUGCAGAUUCUCAGGCAAAAUUAUACUACCUGGUAAAUCGAAGAAGUUCCCAAAGACCUGCGAGAACGCCGUCUGUAGCCCAACAGCAGAUCUUACUCUGAACAGCUUAUGCGGACCUAAGGAGAUCUGUCACUACAACGCUGGGUGCAGGGCACUCUAAUGAAGACGGGGAGGAACAAAAAAGGAGACGAGGAGUAAAUGAGGUGCUCGGAAUCAUAUAACCAUCGAAACAUCCUGGUGGCAGAAGCAGAAACGUUGAUCUGAUUCAUUGAGAAAAUGGUUGAUUGGGAAUAUAAAGCAAAAGCAUUUUUGAGAGUUAGCUUAAUAUGGUGAAAAGAUACCUUUAGUUGAGUGUGUUGAUUAUAUGUGACAUUGGUACCAUUUUCUUUCCUAUUUAAGGGGCAGUAAAAUAAUAAUUUAAAUGGUAAAUGGUAAAAUAAGAAUAUUUAGGUCAAUUGUGAACGCUUGUGUCUCAUGGAAGAUUUAAAGCUCAUGAGAAAGAGAUACUAAAGUGAUUGUUUGUAGGCACAAAAAUCAAUUAAAGUUGGUACUGAGAUGUUUUCUGAACCUUGUUUCUUGUGUCUUUACCAGGUUUUAUUUGAAGGUAGCUGUGUAAAGAUACACUUUCCAUUUUUGUUCUUCCUGUCUGUCAUUAUAAUAACACAAAAUAAUAAUUAUAAAAAAAGUGUAAGGUCAGUUUGAAUGUAAGUUUUUGUUCAUUAAACUAAAAAAAAAUUC